AUGGAUAAACUCAAGGAAUUGGGUGUGGGGAGGCUAGUUUUGCCUACUGUUCCUAGCGUGCUGAACACUUGGAACACUUCAUUUGGGUAUUCAAUAAUGACAGAGUUUGAGAGAUUAAACUUUCUAGACUACACUUUCCUCAAUUUCCAGGGUACUGUCAUGUGCCCGAAACUCUUAAUGGAAAUGCCUUCCAGAGAAUUAAGCCUAUUGAAAGGAACUAAGCCAAAACUAUAUGAUGCUAUCAGCGGAAACAAUAAUGUUGGUUUGCAUGGGAACAGUGCUGCUUCCGAUGUUUUUCAGGCAGACCUAAUUGAAGAGAGUAAAAUUCUUGAAAAAGGAUGUAUGGAGGAUGCGAACCAACUCACUCCUGUUGAAUGCAUGCCAUGCCCAAGUGAAGUCAGUGUAGGCUGCUUAGUCGAAGCUGAUGAACAGAAGGAAGAGGAACACAUAGGUAAUGGAAUGUUUAAAUGCUAUAUCUACUUGUGA